AUGGCAGCUGGACCGGACCAUUCGGUGGAGAUAAUAGACUCCGAAGGAGACAGUGAAGAUGAUGUCAUGAUAACUGGGAUAAGUCGGGCCACCCCGAUAGCUCUAAAUCCCAUCGUGAUAGACGAUAAUGAGGAAGCAACUCUCACAACGAACCAGAACGGAUCUGAUGACGAACUUCAGAUUGUCCGCGAACAGAGAAGGCCUGGAAACCGGCAGCAGAAUGAUUCGAGUGUAAUAUUUUCAGGUAUACGGAUUUUUGCCCCGAAUCAAGUGUACAGAAUACCGAGCAACAACGAGCCUCGCACGAAUAGACCGUUCGCAAGGACCGCCUAUCCUGGAAGCGCCACUUUGGACCUUCCCGCCUCCAGCAGAUUGCGCAGAAGACCCCCGGCAAUCAGGUUUAGCAUUCCCGGAUUCUCAUUUACCGGAGGACCGUACGAUUUCAACGUUAGGUUCGGAAGCAACGGCGACUAUGAAGCGGAGGACGAUGGAGAUAUCCCACCAGGUGUGAUGGAAACGAUCAGACAAUGGGAAGAGGCCGAUGACAAUCGCAGAGUGUCGGAUCGCCAGUCUAUGGCAAACAAGUGGAGACAGACGAAUACGGAAAAGAGUACAAUUUCUGCACCGGAAAAGAAGUACUUCACGAGCGAGAUAUCUAACAAGCAGAACCAGGUCUGCGUGUUAUGUGGAGUUGUUUUGGGAGAGGGAAUACCCGAGGAUUUUAACACCUCGAAGGGUGAACCGGACGAAAGCGAUGUUCAAGAAUACGUAUCUCGCCAGCAUAUACGAGCACCAUGGAGAUUCACAGAUAUGCUUACACCAGCCGAUCGGGAUUUGUCGAAAAAGAUCUUUUUCGCCAGAUGUGGACAUGUUUAUUGUGGCAGAUGUGUAAAUAACAUCAACAGAUAUCUGCCUAGCAAGACUGGUGAGAAGGCUGGCAAGAAUAAAAGGCGGAAAACAGUUAAGGUGGACUUCGACAAUCCAGGAACAAUGGACUUCCGGGAUUAUAACCUUUUUGCCCCAAAUUCCUGUGCUGCAGAGGGAUGUGAGAAAAAGACUUCGACGAAGGCAUUCUUCCGGGAGCUGUUUGUAUGA